AUGAAGCCCAUGAGGGACACCACUCGCUCCCCACCUGCACCCCUUGCCCCAGUGGAACCUGCGCCUGCAACAGACAGGACAGAUGCACCACUGGUGGCAGCUGCGCCAGCUGCAGCAGCUGCACCAAGCACAGCUGCCAAGGAAAUGCCUAAGAUGGAUUGUUCCAUGGCAGGUUUGGCAGCCUUCAGCUUCAAAGUCGUUGAACUAUGUGGCCUUCCAAGUCCUCCUGGUGGCUGGUUGGGUCCCUUUGGCUUCUUCCGGUUGGUGACCUAUGCCUUCCUGCUGAUGUCGGUGCUGGCGGUGUUUUUGGGUAUCAUGGCGGCCACAGGGCAGCCCUUCAAUGGGGUGCCCAUCAUUGGCGGCCAACCCGAUGGCUUUGCCACUUUCGCCGCCCUGCUGCUGUGCUUUGGAGCCGUUGUCUCAGCAGGGGCCGCCUAUGCGCAUGAAGGCUUGGAACAGGAGGUCUCAGCUAUGGCGAAGCAAAAUGAGAUCUUUCGGACCAAAAAUGAGAUGCUGGCGUCUCAAUUGGAUGAAUUGAGUGGUGUUAGGCAGAAGUUGGAAGCAGUUCAGCAGAAGAUGGGGGAGAACUUGCAGCAGUUCGAGGACACCUUGCAAGAGCUUCAUACCGUCAGCUGUGCUGAACUCCUGCAGAUGAUGUUGGAAGCCUUCAUGAAUGCUGACCUGGCUGGCGUAAAGGAUUGCCGCCUCACAGGUGAUGAAGUGGAUGCCUUGUUCGAUGUUUGUGAGGCUUCUUUGAAAGACUCGGCCCCUGAUUUCGACUUAGACGCCUUGAUCAAUGCAGUCAGUGAGACCGGCAUCGGCAUUUGCAAUUUGCGCUUCUUGGCCAAUGCUGCCGUGGCUGGAUGUGACAAGGUGCCUGGAAGGAGUACUGCCAUGUUGACCUUGGUCAUGUUUAGUGCACAUCCCGAGAAGUACGAGCACGAGAUGGCCAUAGCUUUAAGAUCUGUGUUGGAUAUGGAGGAGGAUGAUAUUGCUGCUUUGCUCAAGGAGAAGAUGACCAAGGCCAAUGCGAAGGAUCAUGGUCGGAUUCACGGCAAGGAACUGAUGGAUGUCUCAAGGAUGGUGAUGAGUGCGAACAUGGACGGCGAUACCAAGGUGCCCAGGGACAAACCCAAGGUACCUGAGGCACCUCGCAACAGCCGUGGGGAAGAUGUGAAGAACUCAGACAGCAGCAGUGGGGGUGAGGAGGCAGAGAUUGGAAGAUGUCACAAUGCUGGUGCAGGCUUUUGGCGGUUGCAGAAGGGGAGAGAACUAGAGAACUUGGGGACGUGGGAAGUGGACUCCGGCAAGUCCUGCGCAUCGCGUGUGGCGGUGCUUCGGGAGAACACGGCCCUCCGAGAAAAUGUGGCCUGGUUGCUGUCCGAGGCGAUCCAAUUGGCGGAGCUCUUUGAUGAUGGAGCUCUGGUGAGCCACGACGUUUUUUUGGGGGCAAGGGUGGUGACCAGCAACAUUUGUAGGCUGCGGAUUGAGCAAAGUGAGAGCUCCAAGCUUCGCAGCUUCGAUUGUGAUUUCAAUGCUUGGAAGAAAAGCAGUCCAAGCGGCGGUGAAGCGGGGCGUGAGCUGUUGGACCCGGUCCAGACAUUAAGAGCAUUUAAGUCCUCGCUCUUUCUGGGAUCUCAACUGACGAGCGUGGGCUUUGAUUCCAAGGGCAGCUCCUGCUCCACGAUGCGUCCAGCGGGUGAACUGGGCGAGGCAAAGCGUGUGGGUUUGCUGUUGGACCAAGAAGUGAAAGAUGGAAGCGUUUCCGUCUUUCUGGAUGGAGAGCAGGUUGGAAGCACGGCCAUCCCACACUUGUGCGGAAAGGCCUUGUUCCCGACAGUGACCUUCCAGAAUGUAACGCUAGCAGUCGACUUCCACACGCCAGGGCCAGAGAGGUGUCGAGCGUUUGGCUCCAUCUUGGAGGAACACCAUGCCCGGAGCAGUCGGGCCGUCAGCACCAGCAGAUGUGGAAGUGGCCGAGUGGUGGUCUACAGACCACAUGGCUUUAAGUUGGCCAGCGCUGCGGCAUUUGUUACCGGCCGUGCAGGAAAUGCAGAAGUUAUCCGGCUGCACAUUUCAAAUGAGGAUGGCAUGGAUAGGUAUUUGGCAGAGUGGCAACAAGCCUCCAAAGAUGCCUAUUGGCAGCGGAAGUCUGGCAAGACGGUGCUGUCUGUCUUGAUUUGUCACAGUGACGACCAUCACGAGGCGCCGGCGUCGGAAAAUUUUCGCGUUUUCAGAGGCAUGAACACCGAGGUGAGCUUGCCAGCGGGCUCCUUUUGUGCUGAGCGCGCAGCAAUCGCCCGUGCUGCCAGUGAUUUCGUCCAUUCUGGAGACAUUAGUACAAUCGCGACCUUGGAUCCAACCGAUAAGAUGAAUCCGCUUUGGCCCUGCGAGGUGUGUCAGAGUUGGCUUUCGAAGCUCAAGCAGCAGAACGAAAACAUCGCUGUGAUUGCCUUUCAAUCGAUUGAGUGCAGGCAGUUUGCAGUGAGACUCAACGACAAGCUGCUGGAGCCCCCCGCCAUGCUGCCCUCGCCCAACGAAGCCCUGAGUGGUUCGCCGCUGUUGGACUUAGUGGAGCUGGCCGAAGGCACUUCAGAAUAUCCUUGGGAUUGCAAGGAGGUCGUGUACGUUGAUGGUGCGUGGAACUUCUUGCACGCUGGCCACCAGCGCAUUUUGAAGGAAGCCAAAGCUCGAGGCUCUCAUGUUCUCGUGGGGGUGCAUUCAGAUCAUACAUUGAACGAAGUCUUCGGCUCCAAGAGCCACGAGGACUUCGCAACACGAGUGGGGCGAAUCAUUCAGAACCGCAAUGUGUCGUUCGUUCUGAGGGAUGCGCCAUGGAGGAUCUCCAAGGAGUUGAUCGACGUUCUUUGCAUCAAGAAGGUUGUCUCUGGCUCAAUAAGCAAAGUUGACGAUGGCGGCAAGGUUCAGAACGAGGAAGACGAGGAACCAUACCGAGUCGCGAAGGAUUUCGGGAUCUUCGAAAUGGUGGAAUCAUCCGACUUGAUUACAGAAGAGAGCCACGCCAACAACACCAGGAAAUCCCUGGAGAGCAGACCCACCCCUUGCUGA